UGAGGAGUGGCUCUGGGAAAGUCCCAGGGGUGGGGGCAGCCUCCACAGCCUCCACAAGGCAUUUACCACCUUGACCCCACCCCUCCUGGGUAAAAGUCUCCCCCUGGCUGUAACUCCACAGUUAGAACUUCAUACCUUUGGCUUAAAGCUGAAUUUUCUGUAACCAUGUGGAUGCCCCAGGUGGAGGGGCCCAGUCCUGCUUAAGAACACCAUGAAUGCAGGAGCAUUGCAGGGGGCUCAACAGUUGGCUAUUGGAGAGAAGGGAGCAGCGGCAUUGAGAGACUGCCAGACUGGGGCAUGGCCCUGAGCCCAGGGGCUAGUGUGGUCCUCCGUGAAAACCUGGAAAUGACACCUAGUCUCAGCAUCACCGAGGUCACAGAUGUAGGCUCUGGUACCAUCUCUGGGCCCCACUCAGACAUGGGCCUUGUUCCUGUCAUGAGCCCACCUCCGAAUCCUAGCUCAGCCCUUAUUCCAGAACUUAAUCCAAGUCAGAGUCCCGUGUCAGAGGAGAUCCCUGGCCUGGUGACUGGUAACACCCCCAGGCCUGUUGACAGCUGGGCUGUGGGUCCCGCCUCCCUCCAGAUCACCACUUCCCACUCAGGUGAAGUCCUGGGCGUGAGUUCAAAAUAUGUCUCCAGGUCUAACUCCCAGAAGGCCAUAAGUCUAGUCUCAAACCUCGUUCUGAGCCCCAGCUCUACUGGGACCCAGGGUCUGAGCUCAGGGAGCCACACAGGGCCCAAUUCUAAGGAGGCCUUCAACACCCACUCAAGCCAGAGUUUUGAUUUGGGUCAGAGUAACUCCAAUCCUUCCAGGCCUGAAGCAGACACAUUUAUAAGGCCCUAUUCAAGAGAAGCCUUGGUUGUGGGCCAGUGUGUCUCCAGGCCAGGCUCGAAAGCACUCCUUAUUCCAGCCUCAAACUCUCCUCUGGACCCAGACACCAACCAGAUACUUGGUGUGGGCUCAAGAAACACCUCCAAGCCAGACCUGCAUGCAGCUCGAGGUUCCAGUGGGACCCUGAUCCCAGAUGUCGACGAGACCAUCACUGUGGUAUCACAUAAGAUCUCCGGGUCUGUGGCAAAGGGAACCUUUGGUGCAGCCUGGAAAACGAGCUCCAAGGAAACCAUCAACGUGGCUUCCAGUGGCAAUCCCAGGUCUGACUUGAACAUGACCAUCACUCAGGCCUCAUGCUUGACCCUGAUUCCUGGCCCCAAUGACGGUAUCAGCCUGCACUCCAGCACCCAUGGACCCAACCCCACCCUUUCUCCACCCUCGUGCAUGACCCUGCUCCUGGGCUCCAAUGAGACUGUCAGCCUGGGCUCCAGCCUCAUCUUCAGUGACACCUCCACCCUGACACUGAGCAGCCAGCAGGAUUACUCUGAGGGCAACAGCAUCCACACCAUACCCUUGGAUGAGAAUCUGGGGAGCUGGGGCGAGAUGGUCACCACUGAGACAGGUCAGUUCCCGCUGGGGUUCCCCACCUGUGCCACCACAAACGAAGACACCAAAGCCUUCCAAAGCAUCCCAGAGGGAAUCUUCGAUGAAGUGACCUCAUGCCUGGUGAAGGUGCCAGGGAAGAGAGAUGAUGACAACAAGAUGGCUCUGGUGGAGAAUGUCAUCGCCCUCCAGAAACGCCAGGAAGGGGAAGGCGAGAAGAAGACCAUGAUGAAGAAGAUGAUGAGGCAGAUCCAGGAGGAGCCACUGGAUUCCCUCUCAAGCACUGUCCGCUGGAAAGCCAUGGAGACCCUGACCCAGCUGAGUCACUCCCAGCCUAUCCUGGGCUGGCAAGAAAGAACAGAGCUGGUGAGCACGUGCGUGAAGAGUGUGUUCUCCCUCCCCUCCGUGCAGGCCAUGCAGGAGAAAGACGAGGCCAAGGCUGAGGCCAUACAGACACUUUACCGUCAGACCCUGGAAGCUCUGCAGACACUGCUCAACGCCCUCUUUGUGGAGGACCCCACUCCUGCCGGGCUGACGAGCAUCUUGGAGCCCCUGGGGCCCUGGAUGAACUCUGGGAAGGCCCAUGAGCGAGCACGGGCUGUGAACAGCAAUGUCUCUGUGUUGAACCACAUGCUUCUGACCCUGCCUUUCUUUAUGUCCUCGGGGUUCCCGGCGCUGGGGCUUCUGCUGGGGAGACUCAUCCUUCGCAUCGGGGAUCCUGAUGAGGAGAUCGGCCGGGAGGCCCUGGACGGCAUCAUCAUCCUCUACACCAUCCUGGAGCUCCAAAAACGAUCCAGAGAUAAGGAAGAGACCAAUAAGGAGGAGCUGUAUGAGAGCAACAAGCGAUUCCUGGGGCCCUACAACCCUGUCAGCCCAUGCCAGAAUAUUCUGCGUGUGAUCGCGGAGUUUGGAGACUUCCUGGGACCCCAGCAGGUUAAGGACCUGUUGCUAGCAGUCCUAGAAGGCUUGAAAGGCAGCUCAGAGGCCCGGGGGAAGGACUCUGGGGAGAUGAUGCAGCUAGCCUCAGAGGUCACGCUCAGCUCGGUGCUGGAAUGGUACCGCCACAGGGUGCUGGAGGUGAUCCCAGAAAUCAUGCAAGGCAUCUAUGCACAGCUGAACUGCAUCCAGGAACCACGGGCCCGCGAGGUGGCCCUGCUCCCCGUCUCCCUCCUGGCCAGCUCCUUCAUGACCGAGGUGGUUGUGGCCCUGCUCACGUGCCCCCUCCCACUGGACAGCAAUGGUGCGGAGAUGUGGAGGCAGCUGAUACUGCGCAAGCCCAGCUGUGACAUCCGAGACCUCCUGGACCUGCUCCUGACCAGCCUGAAGGAGAAGCCCUUCACCAAGAAUGGCCGGACCUCCAUCGUGCCCCUUGCGGCAGCCAGCGGCCUGUGUGAGCUCCUGUCGGUCAACAGCUGCGUGGGUCGUGUGAGGCGUAUCUAUCCCCAGCUGCUCCUGGCCCUGCUCAUUCAGGUCCAUUACCACAUCGGGCUCUACUUUCCCAGCCGCACGGCUUUCUGCAACGAUGCCAGGAAGGACACUCCGCCUUCCAUCUUCAUACCUGUGCGCUGGGUGGUCAAAGUGGUGAAAACCUUGCUGCUGAGGAUGGGCUGCUCCUAUGAGGCCACCUUUCUGGAGGACCAGGGCGGCUGGGAGCUCAUGGAGCAGGCGGAGAACCACCACCGGGGAGUGUCCCUGCUGGCCAGGGCCAUGGUGCACUACUCCUGCCAGGAGCUGUGCCGUAUCCUCUACCUGCUCAUCCCGCUCCUGGAGCGAGGCGACGAAAUGCACAAGAUCACGGCCACCGCCUUCUACGUGGAGCUCCUGCAGAUGGAACAGGUGCGGCGGAUCCCCGAGGAGUACUCGCUGGGGCGAAUGGCAGAAGGCCUGAACCACCAGGACCCCAUCAUGAAGCUGCUGUCCAUCCGAGGCCUGGUUAUCUUGGCCCGCAGGACUGAGAAGACUGCCAAGGUGCAGGCCCUCCUGCCCUCCAUGGUGAAGGGCCUGAAGAGGAUGGAUGGGCUGCUGGUGGUGGAGGCGGCCCACAACCUCAAGACCAUCUUCAAGGGGCAGGACCGGAAGCUGACAGACAGCUCGGUCUAUGUGGAGAUGCUGCAGAUCCUGCUGCACCAUUUCAACGAUAGGGCCCCCCAGAAUGAGUGGGUGGACAGCCGCCUGCCUCCGUGUGAGGCUCAGAGGCCCAGGCAGCCUCUUGGAGGAGGGAGCCUGCCUGAGCCUCGGGGUCUGCCCCAGUCUCGAGAGGACGUGCGCUCUUCCUGCAUCAACCUGUAUGGCAAGGUGGUCCAGAAGCUGCGGUUGCCCCGCACCCCAGCUGUGGAGCAGCAGCUCAUCAGGACCUUGGUGCCCCUGCUGCUGCUCAUGCAAGAGGGCAACACCGAGGUGAGCCAGAAAUGUAUAAAGACCCUGUUCCGCUGCUCUUGCCUCAUGGCAUGGGAAUUGCCAAAAAGAGCCUAUAGCCGGAAGUCCUGGGACAACCAGCAGCAGACGGUGGCCAAAAUAUGCAAGUACCUUGUGACUACCCACCAAGACAGCGCCUUCACAUUCCUCAGCCAGAGCCUGCAGUAUGCCAAGAAUUCCCGGGCCUCCCUCCGGAAGUACUCAGUCAUGUUCAUAGGGUCCCUGGUCCCCUGCAUGGAGAGCAUAAUGACAGAAGACCGUCUGAAUGAAGUUAAAGCAACUCUGGAAAAUCUGAGACACGACCCGGAAGCAUCAGUGUGCAUCUACGCUGCGCAGGCCCAGGACCACAUCUUGGCCAGCUGCUGGCGGAAUUCCUGGCCGCUGCCGCACGGGGACUCGUGGGUGUGCGACCCGGCUGCCACACACCGCUGGAGCCCCAGCUGUGAGAACCUGCCCACUUCCCACCAGCGGCGCUCCUGGAUCAUGCAGACCCUGGGCUCCUGGAAGUUGUCCCUGAAGCAGUGAUGUCUCCGAGCCCCCAGCCCUCCUCAGGGGUGGCCACGGCCACAGCCAUUCCCUAUAAAUGCCACGUGGCUUACCUCU